CCGUUCUUAGUCCUCGAAUAUCAUUGCCUGCCAUAGCCAUGGGUUAGUUACCAUCGUAAUGUCCACGCUGUGAAAUGAGCUAAAGUUCGGUAGUUCCUGCAUAAAGUAGUGGACGUAACGCAAAACUACGUCCUCAUGCAUGGAAUCUAAAAACUCACCAAGUUUUAAGAAAGUAUUUGCAUUUGCUUCUUGUCAAUGCGCUCCCCAACCAUUCCGUCGGUAUCAAAGGUCCCUAAUUGGCUAUCAAGAAUCGAAGUGUCAUCAUCCGAUGGGAAAUGGGAAAAAGUGCUUUCCCAAUAUCGUGAAAUGAAGAACUCCGGCGUUAGAAUAGCUGACCCUUCGAUUUUCCCUUCCAUUCUUAAAGCAUGUUCAUUCCUCUCCUUUAGUCGUGGAAAGUCCAUCCAUGCAGGUCUGAUUAAGCAGGGCUUUGAAUGGUUCACUUCGGUUGGCAACUCCACCUUGGAUUUCUACCUGAAAUGCGGAGACCUGGGUUCUUCAUUGGGCGUGUUUAACCAGCUGAGGAGCAGAGAUUCAGUUUCUUGGAACAUAAUGGUGCAUGGGUUUUUAGUUCAGGGAUCUUUACAAGAAGGGUUGCAGUGGUUUUUGAAUGCAAGGGUUGCUGGGUUUGAGCCUAAUACUUCCACCUUGGUGCUUGUUAUACAGGCUUGUCAAAGACUUAGAGCUAAACUUGAGAUAAUGAAAGUACAUGGGUACAUAAUUCAGGCUGGGUUUCUGACCAUUGGUUCAGUUCAGAACUCAAUGUUGAGUGCGUAUGCGGAGGAUGACAUGGAGAGUGCGCAGAGAAUGUUUGACGAAAUGUGUGACAAAGAUGUUAUCUCUUGGAGCGUGAUGAUUGGUGGUUAUGUUAGAAGUGAGGAAGCUGAGAUUGGCUUGCAGGUAUUUUUGGAGAUGGUAUCUGAGGUUGGCAUUGAGCUUGACGGUAUAGUUAUGGUGAGUGUCCUUAAAGCCUGCACUAGUUUGGGGGACUGGAUUAUGGGAACGGUGAUUCACGGGUUAGUGAUCAUUAGAGGUUUUGGGUUUGAUCUGUAUAUUGGGAAUUCUUUAAUCGAUAUGUAUUCAAAGUGUUAUGAUGCUGAUUCUGCCUUCAAAGUCUUCAAUGAGAUAUCUCAGAGAAACAACGUCUCAUGGAAUUCUAUUUUGUCUGGAUUUGUCCUAAAUAAGAAGCAUUUGGAAGCUCUAUCACUGGUUUAUUCGAUGGUGAAGGAAGGAAUCAAGGCAGAUGAGGUGACUCUUGUCAAUAUUCUUCAGGCAUGCAAGUUUUUUGUGCAACCAUUUAUGUGCAAGUCCGUCCACUGUGUAAUAAUGCGGCGGGGAUAUGAAUCAAAUGAACUGGUCCUAAAUUCUCUAAUUGAUGCUUAUGCAAAAUGCAAUCUUGUUGAGCUGGCGUCGGAACUUUUUGAUGGGAUGGAGAGAAGAGAUGUGGUUUCUUGGAGCACCAUGAUUGCGGGGUUCAACUAUUGUGGCAGAACUAAUGAAGCAAUAGCUGUUUUCCAUCAGAUGACACUUGCACAAGAGAAGCUCAAUGUUGUUACCAUCAUCAAUCUUCUCGAGGCCUGUUCAACUUCAGCUGAACUGAGAAGGUCGAAGUGGGCUCAUGGAAUUUCAAUUCGAUGUGGCUUGGACGCACAAGUGGCAGUUGGGACUGCAAUUGUCGAGAUGUACUCAAAGUGUGGUGCGAUAGAAGACUCAAGGAAGGCCUUUGAACAAAUUCCCAAAAGGAAUGUUGUUACAUGGAGCGCCAUGAUAGCGGCAUAUGGCAUGAAUGGUUUUGCACGUGAAGCCUUAGCUUUGCUCACUGAAAUGAAACAAGAGGGAGUGGAGCCAAAUGCUGUGACAGCUCUUUCGGUGCUAUCUGCUUGUAGUCAUGGCGGGUUAGUUGAAGAGGGGCUCUAUUUCUUCAGUUCGAUGGUUCAAGAUCACGGGGUUGAGCCUGGGUUGGAACAUUAUUCAUGCAUGGUCGACAUGUUGGGUCGGGCGGGAAAACUUGAUAUUGCAAUGGAUUUAAUCAACAAGAUUCCUGAAGGUUUUGAGGCUGGUGCAAGUAUUUGGGGGGCACUUUUGAGUGCUUGUAGAAGCCAUGGGAACGGUGAGAUUGGUGCGGGAGCUAUCUCUCAUCUUCUUGAGCUGGAGCCAUGGAAUUCUGCAGGUUAUUUUCUUGCAUCGAACAUGUAUGCAUCAAAUGGAUUGUGGAUGAAUGCGGCGAGGAUGCGAAGGUUAGUGAAGGAGAGAGAGGUGAGGGUUGUUGCUGGUUACAGCUUGGUUCAUGUUAACAACAGGGCAUGCAGAUUUUUAGCUGGGGAAAGUUCCCACCCACAAGCCGGUGAAAUACGUAGUUUAGUUGACCAUCUGCAUGGUUGUAUGAAGAUUGAUGAGAAUUUACCGAUCAUUGAAUGCUGCAGUUAAGGUCUAACAAAGAAUUAAGGGCUAUUGUCUUUAA